GUGGAUGCACCUUCUGAACUUCUGGAGGGUUCUCAGUGCCCCGCGUAACAUGUGGUCUGUACGGCCAAGCUCCUACUUGAGUGACUUUUCCCGAGUGCCAAGCUCUUUCCCCGACGUUCAUCCUGACUUGGGGGCUGGGGCAGCGGGACAGGACGGAAGUAACAUUUAGUAAGAACUUCUUGUACUUCAGUCACUAUGUGUGUGACCUUGCUCAGUUCUGCACUUACUAUGUUUGCACUUGCUUAUUUUUCAGGAAGCGCUAGGGAAACUCAGGUACCUUCCCAGGAUUCUUUGCUGUCUCUCCGUCUGUGCCGUCCUGAGUGUAGAGAUGCCAUCCAUGUUAACCAGUGUGUCACUGAGUUGCUGGGCUCCUCUUGGAGAGGUGACCGACAUGGUCAACUUCAGGGUGUAGGAAUUUGCUAACCCAUAACAGAAUUGAAAAUGUGGCAUCCAUGUGUGCGAGCGAUCAGGGAAUUGUAAUACGGAGACAUUUUCCUUGGAGGGAAAAAAGAAGGGAAUGUUGUUUAUUCCACCCACUGUGUACUAGAUGAUGUGUGCUUUCUGCAUCCGUAAUCUGAUCCUCAGAGCAGCCCUGGAGAAGGUGUAUUUCCUGUGUUUGCAGAGCUGGAGAAGAGGCCCAGUGAGAUUAGGGUCCCAGCCCUGGGCCAAAAUGAGUCUGUUUGGAACGACCUCGGGUUUCGGAACUGGUGGGACCAGCAUGUUUGGCAGCACAACCACGGAUAAUCACAACCCUAUGAAGGAUAUUGAAGUAACAUCUUCUCCCGAUGACAGCAUUGGUUGUCUGUCUUUUAGCCCACCAACUUUGCCGGGGAACUUUCUGAUUGCAGGAUCGUGGGCUAAUGAUGUUCGCUGUUGGGAAGUUCAAGACAGUGGGCAGACUAUUCCAAAAGCCCAGCAGAUGCACACCGGGCCCGUGCUUGACGUUUGCUGGAGUGAUGAUGGAAGCAAAGUAUUUACAGCAUCGUGUGAUAAAACUGCCAAAAUGUGGGACCUCAACAGUAAUCAAGCGAUACAGAUUGCACAGCACGACGCUCCUGUUAAAACCAUACAUUGGAUCAAGGCACCAAACUACAGCUGCGUGAUGACCGGGAGCUGGGAUAAGACGUUGAAGUUUUGGGAUACACGAUCAUCAAAUCCUAUGAUGGUUCUGCAGCUCCCUGAAAGGUGUUACUGUGCUGACGUGAUCUAUCCUAUGGCCGUGGUGGCGACUGCAGAGAGGGGGCUGAUUGUCUACCAGCUGGAGAACCAGCCUUCCGAGUUCAGGAGGAUAGAGUCACCGCUGAAGCAUCAGCAUCGGUGUGUGGCUAUUUUUAAAGACAAACAGAACAAGCCGACUGGUUUUGCCCUGGGGAGUAUUGAGGGGAGAGUUGCUAUUCACUACAUCAACCCCCCAAAUCCCGCCAAAGAUAACUUUACCUUCAAAUGUCAUCGAUCCAACGGAACCAAUACUUCAGCACCUCAGGACAUCUAUGCGGUCAACGGGAUCGCGUUCCAUCCUGUCCAUGGCACUCUGGCAACGGUGGGGUCUGAUGGCAGGUUCAGCUUUUGGGACAAAGACGCCAGGACAAAACUAAAGACUUCAGAACAGUUAGACCAGCCAAUAUCAGCCUGCUGCUUCAAUCACAAUGGAAACAUAUUUGCCUACGCAUCUAGCUACGACUGGUCCAAGGGACAUGAAUUUUAUAACCCCCAAAAGAAGAACUACAUUUUCCUGCGUAAUGCGGCCGAAGAGCUGAAGCCCCGGAACAAGAAGUAGCGGCUGCGCCUUCUGAGCGGACCUGUGUUGGGUCCCCUCCACUCUGCCUCGUCUGUGUGAACAUGGAGGGCUGUCAGCCGUGGCCGUGGACUUCACACCUGAGGGAGCGUGGGCCUGCUCAGCAGUCCCGCCCUGCCUGCUGCAGCCACUCACCGUCUCUAUUCCACUGCCCGUUACAGGUUUUCCCGGAACUUCAAGGGGUCAAAGUGAUUGUGGGAGCUAGACUCCUGUGGGCCGCCGCCUGCCGGUGAUCCCAGGGGCUGCACUCAGCCCGUGUGUGUUAGAGGGGGCGGGAGGCGCCCUGUGAGCCCUGUACUGUGUUUUGUAAUAAAAUAUUUUGAAGA